GCGCGCGGCCGCCUAUAGGCUGCUUGGAGGGGCGGCGGUGAAGGUGACGGCUGGCGGCAGGAUGGCGGCGGUGGCGAUGCUGGGUCGGCGGUGCGCGGCGGCCGGGCCGCUGCGGGCUCUGAAGUAUGCGAGCCGCGGCUACGCGUCGCAGCGCACAUUGAAUGAAGUGGUGAUAGCAAGUGCUGCAAGGACACCCAUUGGAUCUUUCCAAGGCUCUCUUUCAUCAUUGUCAGCUACUAAACUGGGUUCCAUUGCAAUUAAAGGAGCAAUUGACAGAGCAGGUAUCCCUGCAGAAGAAGUGAAAGAAGCGUAUAUGGGUAAUGUCUUGCAGGCUGGACAAGGACAAGCUCCAGCAAGACAGGCAGUCCUGGGUGCAGGUUUACCCAUCUCCACUGAUACUACGACUGUCAACAAGGUCUGCGCCUCAGGAAUGAAAUCCAUCAUGAUGGCAGCCCAGAGCCUGAUGUGUGGCAGCCAGGAUGUAAUGGUUGCUGGUGGAAUGGAGAGCAUGUCCAAUGUUCCCUAUACAAUGAGCAGAGGAUCAACGCCUUAUGGAGGAGUUAAUCUGGAAGAUCUGAUUGUGAAAGAUGGACUUACAGACGUUUAUAACCAUAUCCAUAUGGGCAACUGUGCUGAGAAUACGGCAAAGAAGUUCACUAUUUCACGAGAGGAGCAAGACACGUAUGCCAUAGGCUCUUACACGAAGAGCAAAGCAGCGUGGGACUCAGGAAUUCUCAAAAAAGAAAUCGUUCCUGUCACUGUCUCAAAAAAAGGAAAGCCAGACACAGAAGUGACAGAAGAUGAGGAGUACAAGCGGGUUGAUUUUAAUAAAGUUCCAAAGCUGAAAGCUGUUUUCCAGAAAGAAAAUGGAACAGUUACAGCUGCCAAUGCCAGUACUCUGAAUGAUGGAGCAGCUGCUUUGGUUCUGAUGACUACAGAGGCAGCCAAGAGACUGAAAGUUAAACCACUGGCACGGAUAGUUGCUUUUGCAGAUGCUGCUGUUGAUCCUAUUGACUUUCCCAUUGCACCUGCACACGCUGUUCCCAAGAUUCUAAGUGAGACAGGCCUGAAAAAAGAAGACAUUGCAAUGUGGGAAAUCAAUGAAGCCUUCAGUGUUGUGGUGCUGGCCAAUAUUAAAAUGCUGGGUAUUGAUCCACAAAAAGUAAAUAUCAAUGGCGGCGCUGUCUCUCUUGGGCAUCCCAUAGGAAUGUCUGGAGCAAGAAUUGUCGUUCACAUGGUCCACGCACUGAAACAGGGGCAGUAUGGUCUUGCAGGAAUUUGCAACGGAGGAGGAGGUGCUUCUGCAAUAUUGAUAGAGAAGCUGUAGGCCCAAGCAGUUGCUGGAAAAACAAAAAGCCUUAAAAAAUCUGUGAUGAAAGCGAUGAGCAGCAGCUGUUACCUCUAAUCAGUAGGUGGGUGAAUUCCCCAGCAGCUAUUCUAAAACUUCCAAACACAUCAUUGAUUAUUGAUACAGACAACUGGGCUUUUAUACCUUUGACUCAACACAAGUUUUUAUACAGUACAAACGAAAAAUGUGAAAUCACAAUAAUGUAUCAAGAGCUGACAAUAAAGAAUGUUGAUGUUA